AUGACAACACUUCCAGGUUUUGAGUAUACCAACUACACCGGGGCCUUCGACAAUAUAAGCAUCAACAAUGUUACUAUUACCAAUAUCUCAUUCCAAAAUGAUCUUGCUGGCAAAGACAGCUAUAGUCUGGCACAUGCGUUUACCACGGAGGCUCCUGCAAACUCCACCUUCAACAGCACGUCGUGGACAACCGGGAGUCCUACCAGCGACAAGAUCUGCGAAACGUGGCUUGAAGCCCAGCAUGCACUGUUCCAACUGGCAAAUCUUUGCUUUGCCAUUUCGUUCUUGACACCCAGCGGUUUCAAAUACCAUUGCCUGUUUCUACGAACCCUAUUGCUGCUGGGCUUUUCUAUGUUUAUAUUCUGGUCGGGACUGGUUGUGUGCAUGCUGGAUGUUCUGGGCUGGAACAUCACUUUCUUCAUCAUCAAUGUCAUUCACAUCAUCUAUCUAGCCUAUUCCACCUAUCCUGUGAAAUUCCACCGAGAACUGGAGGACCUGUACGUCAAAGUCUUCAAGCCUCUCAAAAUGACGCGCUUUGAAUUCAAAGCGCUGACAAAAGUUGGCAAGCGCUGCAAUCUUGCCAAAGGAAACAUUUAUGCUAUUGAAGCUGUCACUAACACCAAUGAGAAGUUUUCUAUCCUUCUUAAAGGCAGGUUAAAGGUGACUGUAGAUCGUGUGUUUUUACAUUACAUCAACCCUAAUCAGUUUGUUGAUUCCCCGGAGUAUGAGAGUGUCACGACCGAGACUACUGCCAGUGAAAAAUAUCAGUUGCAGCAGGCAGCUCUGUAA